AUGAUUGAAUUGAGUACAUCGGCGCCCGUUAUCACUGACGAAACAGUAGGAACAGAUACCUAUACCACUCAGAUAAUUGUCUACGUAAUGGGUGCUAUUGUUGUGCUAUUGACACUCAUAUUCAUAGGUCUAGCCAUUUAUCUGUGCUGUCGAUGCAAAAAGCAGUCACAAACGCAAAAAAAGUCACAAAAAACAAUGACAAUGCAAAAUAAGCCAAUGACUGCACCGGUAGAGCAUACGACCGAUAAGCCGACGACGGGUGGCAAACAUUACUAUAGCUCUUACAGAACUAAAGUCGAAAAAUACAUUCAAAAAAAUAGAGGUAAACAAACACAACAAGAAGUCAAUGAACUAAAACAGAAGAGCCAACAAAUACCAAUUGUUAACCAAGUGAUCAAUAAGGAUGACAAACAAGACAUGAAAAAGACAAAUCAAAAUGAGAAGGAAAAGACAGAUCAAAAAGAGAAGGAAAAGACAGAUCAAAAAGAGAAGGAAAAGACAGAUCAAAAAGAGAAGGAAAAGACAGAUAAGAAAAAAACAAAGGCUAUAAUAAAAAGUCACAGAAGAAAACAGUAG